GUACCGGGUUGUUUUGAAACGAGACGAGAAGGGCGUGAACUUGACGAGAAAGAAUCAAACGAUGGACACACUAUUGAUGUUCGUUGUCCAAUAAACUUUUUCACUCUUAAGAACAUUUCUAUUAGUGAUUUACGCAGUGAAGUCUUUGUUGCUAUCAAGUUAAUAAAUUUAUUGCUCUAGUGGUACAUAAUAUUCUGAUUUUUCGAGUGACUACCAUGCUAUUAAUUGUUAUAUUGCUGUAACUACUGUACAACAAAUGAGUCUCUGAUGGCAAAUUUAUGACUAGAUGUUUUAGUAGUUAUAAUUAUUGAUGAUACCGGUCUCAGUCAUCAAUCUAAGAAGUCGCUAUUGUCACUUGAAGCUACCAAGGGAGCGGAUUGAUUCUUGAUCUAAAUUUGUUACCAAUGAAAAACACGAAAGAGACAAAAGUUCGAUUGAGUGAGAAAAUAUCUGGAUACAUGAUUGAUGAAAUAUCCAGUGAAAGUUCAGCAGGUGGGAGACGGUUUUUAAGAAAUCCAGAGAAACGAAUCCAUAAAAAUGUCGUUCGAAAACAAUCUCCAGCUACAACUGAAGAUGAAAAUACUGAAGAUUUGCUGACUCCGUUUAGUGCAGGAAAAACGUCACUAAAUUUAAAUAAAUAUUCAACACAAAAGGUAUUCAAUAACAAAUCGAAAAAUUCAAGUGGGAUAAAAUCAAAAGAAGUUGAAAAAUAUUCUGUCAAUCAUAAUGUAAAUGAACUAUUAGUAGUACAAGAAAAUGAUGAGAAGGAUUUAAGUAGAAUUUCAAUUUUGUCCUUCAAUAAUAAAGAUUCACUGACUGAUGUAAAUAAAGAUGAAAAAUCACUGAUGGAAAUUGAAGAAGUAAUUGAAUGUGAAAACUCCCAUUCACGUAGAUCGACGGAGGAGAUAUCUAAUAAAAAACUUCCAUUAGAGAAAAUAUCUUGUCAAAUGGACAAUGAAAAUAGUAGUAGUGAAAUAGAUGAAUAUUCAGAUGAUUUUGAAAAUGAACAAGAUUCAAUUAGUUCAACUAAAGAAAAUUUAAAAUGCAAUUUAAUCAUAACACAGAAAUCAUUAUCACCUAAAACAAAGAAGGCUGAUCGUCUAAUAAAUCAAAAAGUUUAUAAUGAAGGACCUAUGAAUUCUUAUGGACUAUUGAAUAAAACGAAUUUACGUGAAACGAUUUCAUAUAAGAAAAUAUCUAAAAACUCAUCUGAAACUCGACAAUCAAAGGAUGCUGAAGUUCAAACAGUGUGGUCAGGUUAUUUUUCACAAAACGACCAUAUUCCACACAACUUUCCAAUAACAAAAUAUGAAGAAAUUCCUACUCCUACUAUUAACACUACUCUUAAAAUGCAAAAUAUAACGUCAUCGCUCAUAAAUUACAAAGCAUUAGAUACUUUAACGACUUAUAAUCCUUGUUUGACUGCACUGGAUAAUAUGUUGAAACAACAAAUAAAUCUUACAAGAGAAUUUUUAACAACACAAAGAAACUUACAUGAAACAAUUAGCAAAGCGAUAAGUCAAUGCGUUGUUACAAAAAAUUAUAAUUAAAGAGUAAGAAUUAUACAGGACUACACAACUGACCUAAAUGUCACUGAUCUAAAUCCUGAUCAACCAUCAUACAGUUUACGGAAAUUUCUCGAGGUUAUGUUAGUGUCUUCAUCUUGCUUUUGAAUGUGGUUUCACAAUUAUUAAUGAUGACGAUACAAAGAAAAUAAACUGCAGUUUACAGCUAUUCAGAUGGAACUUGAAUUCUUGGUGAAAAUGUCACAGGUUUUAUUUAUGGAUUUAGCAACUCAGUGGUAUGGGCGUUUGGGUUUUUAAUUGAAAGGUAACAAGUUUGAAUCGCAGCGUAGAAGUUAACAGAGAUUCAUGGAAAUCUAGUUGUCCAAUCUUCAAAAGAACGAACCGCGGGCUCCGUAUUAGACUGACUACUAAAUGCAGAAUAUAAAACAUAUAUAACGCUAUAACGUAAUAAUGGGUACAAAGGCAACAGAGAUUGAUCAACCUCAGUUCUGAAUAUAAGAAACGAGAAAUUGUAAACACUUACUAAUGUUUGAAGUAUGUUGCUGAAAUCAAAAUCGUGCACUACUUCUAUUUAGAUCGAAAUUACUUUCAGUUAUGAUCCAUGAUGAGAUCUACAAAACUUAGCAGUUUGAUGUAUAUUUACAUGAACAAAAUGGUGGAUGGAUUCUCAAAUGACUACUAAGAUGUUUUUCUUAAUAGUCUAUACAUAUACUUUUUUUUCUACCAUAUGUUUGAAAACAAUAGUCGUAUAUUUGUAAAUUUAUUGAUUGGAGUGUGGUUCCCUAAGAAAACCAUCCGCUUCGGUUUGAGUACCCGGGUAGUAUUUCAACCCUCACACAAAUCGAGUGGUUUGUGUGGCUCAUAUGUAUUCGAUGCCUCCCUGUACCAAUGUUUAUGUGUUUAAAUAAUAAAUCUAACAAGAAAUCAAUUUUUAUUUUAUACAACAAAAUUACAAUCUAAUCGAAUAUAUUUAUCUAUCUACCUAUUUUUUAUACUACAAACUAUAGUUACGAAGAGAUUAUAAGAAACAAUGGUAUCUGAGAUGUAUGAAUAACAACUUUUGAAAUGUACUUCAUGUGAUAUCAUUAACGAAUGAAAAAAAUUGUUGAUUCAAUAAACUGAAUAUUAUUACUAGGAUUAUUAUUAUCUUUAUUCUAGAGUAUAACUUAUAUUCAAUUAGUGAUAAGUAUUAUGAAUAUAAUGGUUAAGUGAAAUGUUAUUAAAGUUAUUUAAUGGACAAUUUGUAGUCCUUUUUUUUCUUCUUUAAAACGUA